GAAACCACGUGGUCAAAGUGAGUUUAUAAUGCGCACUGAAUGCUGGGAAAUAAGAGAAACUAAUAAACUGAAAUAAUUUCAAACUUCCUUCGAAAUAAUCUUUAAGGAAAAUAGCUUUAUUUCCCUCUCCUCUAAAUUUCGCUUGCAAUAUCGAGUCUAAUUUUUAUUGUUUUGGCUUUUUAUUUUCACUUUACGAAAAGAUUUUGUGGCUGAGAAGGCUUAGAUGAAAAUCUCCCAUGAUCCCAUGUAAGCUUGAUUUACUCUCAAGAUGGCGACAGCUUCGAGAGCUGUCCAAGCGAUUCGCAAUUUUCUAAUCGGCAAAAGACUCACAGUUUCUUCUCGUUAUGCUUACGACCAAUCUGCAAGAACACAGCCAAGUCCUAACAUCCCAGAUGGUCCAGCUCACAAACUUAGUCACAAUUACUACUGUGACCGAGAUCUGCGUCGAGCUUCAAUGCCACCAGUUAUAUUGUAUGGCCAGCAGAAGCUGUUAGAAGAGGCUACAGAGAAAGGUGGAGAAGGAGUCAAAUCACUAGCCACAAAAACUCCAGGAAAAGUGUUCAAUCCAGAUCAGUGACUGCUUGUGAAAAAAAAAACUAUCACAACUGGGAUAAACAUUUAUUUGUAUUCAAAAAUUACUUCUUUUUCUUUGAACUCAUGAUUUUCCUCUGAACUACCAACAGUAAUUUAUCAGAAAUAAAUAAGCCCAAUAUUUUUUUGCUGGGCAAAGUCAGUACUA